GGUUGUCCACUUCUCUGGGCAUGUGCAACAGCUCUUCCUUCUCUCGCUCUCCCUUCCGCCAAUCAGCUACUGGCAGUAUUCGGACGGGCGCGCGACCCGGCGACGGCCGCUCGGUGGGGGGGAGGAGUGGGCGGAGCGCGCGCCUUGGGACCAACCGGCGAGCGGAGCGCGCGCCCGAAUGGGCUCGGGAGCGCGCGCUUCCUCCCUGCUGCCUGGACGCGCCUCUCACACAGGGAGCCGGGCCGGGCCGGGCCGGGCGCAGGCGGAGGGAGCGACUGUGCGGUGCGGAUAAAGCGUGGAGUUCCAGAUGUCAAGUUUUAAUUAUUUUAUGAUUUUUUUAACAAAUAUGGAUUGAGGAAUGGUUUUAUAUGGGGGAGGGAGAUGAAAAUGGAGCAGCUUGGAACAGACUUAGAUUCCCAGGCCAUGGGUGAGAAGGGCCCAGUCAGCAUUGUUUUAAUUAUCAGUUGCAUUCUGGCGUUUUAACAGAAUUGUCUGAAAACUUUCAAGUCUCACCUCACCUGCUCAGGAUUUUGUGGAGACCAUCACCACAGAAAGGAUUUGAAAUUCAACUUUGUUCAUAAAAACCAAGUGGAAACUAGAGUUUUGGGUGUCAUACAAAAGGGAACAAAUAGGAAGAGGACGAAAACGCACAAGCCAACUGACUUCACCCUCCAACCCCCCCUUUCAAAGAAAAGGAUUUACAGCUCAACCUCGCACCAGCUGUUACCCAGCUUUAGCCGUCAAGAGAGAAAUAAAUAAAAUUAAACAACCACCGCUAGCCAGCCUCAGAUCCUGGUGAAAUCAGGGAGUGUGUUUCUGCGACUGCCUCGGGUGAGGGGGAGGAGAGGGCCAAGCAGUGUGAGGAAGACAAGCACAUUGUUUCAGGAUAACCCCGUCCACCUGAGCGGUGACUGGAGGAGACUGCUGGAUACCAGGAACAGAUUAAAAAGGAAAAGGAGAGGAGGCUACCUUGGGAUUUUGGUGUGGGUUUUUUCAAAGAGAUCUAAUGGCGGCAUAUUCCUGAGUUGGUCACCUUUCCCGGAGUACUCACCGGGGUGGAAAGGACUUCCUCAGCUUGGCUUCCCUCCAUGUGCUGCAGAGUUCUGCAACUUCCAUUUGCCACUUUCCCCACCCUAACUUAUAAAAUCUCUUUGCCUCUACUUUUGAAGCCAGCCUUUGCCACAAGCUGCUUGGGGAGGUGCUUCUGCACCUGUAGUUUGGCUGCUCCCAGCUGUCGUGUUCCAGCAGUAGUUUAAACUGGAAUUCAGGGCGGAUCCCCCACCAGAGCUCCAACAUGCCAGCAGCAUCUGGAAAGAGAUUCAAACCCAGCAAAUACGUCCCGGUCUCAGCUGCUGCCAUCUUCCUAGUGGGAGCCACCACCCUCUUCUUUGCCUUCACGUGCCCAGGGCUCAGCCUAUACAUCUCCCCGAUCAUCCCCAUCUACAAUGCUGUUGUCUUCCUCUUCGUGCUGGCCAACUUCAGCAUGGCCACCUUCAUGGACCCGGGUAUAUUCCCACGAGCAGAGGAAGAUGAGGAUAAGGAGGAUGACUUCAGAGCCCCACUCUACAAGACAGUGGAGAUCAAGGGCAUCCAGGUGCGCAUGAAAUGGUGUGCGACGUGCCGCUUCUACCGGCCCCCGCGCUGCUCCCACUGCAGCGUCUGUGACAACUGUGUGGAGGAGUUUGACCAUCACUGCCCCUGGGUGAACAACUGCAUCGGGCGGCGCAACUACCGCUACUUCUUCCUCUUCCUGCUCUCGCUCACCGUGCACAUCAUGGGCGUCUUCGGCUUUGGCCUACUCUAUGUCCUCUACCAGAUCGAAGAGCUCUCUGGGGUCCGCAUGGCCGUCACCAUGGCUGUGAUGUGCGUGGCUGGCUUGUUCUUCAUCCCUGUAGCUGGCCUUACGGGGUUCCACGUGGUGCUGGUAGCCAGGGGACGCACUACCAAUGAACAGGUUACGGGUAAAUUCCGGGGUGGUGUGAACCCCUUCACCAACGGCUGCUGUAAGAACGUCAGCCGUGUUCUCUGCAGCUCCCCAGCCCCCAGAUACCUCGGACGACCAAAGGCAGAGCAGACAGUGUUGGUGAAGCCGCCUUUCCUGCGGCCUGAGGUGUCGGAUGGACAGGUCACUGUCAAGAUAAUGGACAAUGGUAUCCAGGCUGAACUGAAGAGAACAAAGUCCAAAGGAAGUCUGGACGUGAUGGAGAGCCAGUCUGCCGAUGCUGAGCCACCACCCCCACCCAAGCCAGACCUCAGCCGCUACACAGGUCUGAGGACGCACUUAACCCUGGCCACCAAUGAGGACAGCAGCUUGCUAGGCAGGGACAGCCCUCCAACUCCGACCAUGUACAAGUACCGCCCUGGCUACAGCAGCAGCAGUGCCUCAGCUGCCAUGCCGCACUCCACCAGCGCCAAGCUGAGCCGAGGGGACAGCCUGAAGGAGCCCACCUCCAUCGCCGAGAGCAGCCGGAACCCCAGCUACCGCUCGGAGCCGAGCCUGGAGCCCGAGAGCUUCCGCUCUCCCACCUUCGGCAAGAGCUUCCACUUUGACCCACUGUCAAGCGGCUCGCGCUCCUCUAGCCUCAAGUCGGCCCAAGGCACAGGCUUCGAGCUGGGCCAGCUUCAGUCGAUCCGCUCAGAGGGCACCACCUCCACCUCCUACAAGAGUCUGGUGAACCAGACGCGCAAUGGCAGCUUAUCGUACGACAGCCUGCUCACCCCCUCUGAAAGCCCCGACUUCGAGUCAGUGCAGGCUGGGCCGGAGCCGGAGCCCACCAUGGGCUACACCUCGCCCUUCCUCUCGGCCCGCAUCACCCAGCAGCGUGAGGCCGACCUGCACAGCCGCUUCCCUGGUGCCGGCUCGCCCAAGCACCCACCCCCCUGCGAGCCCUCACCCAUGCGCUAUGACAAUCUCUCCCGCCACAUUGUGGCCUCCAUGCAGGAGCGGGAGAAGCUGCUGCAGCAGUCACCUAUCCCGCCACCCCUGGCCAGGGAGGAGGACACGGGGCUGGUGGACUCGGGCAUCCAGUCAACACCGGGCUCCAGCAACGCCCCACGCACCAGCUCCUCCUCGGACGAUUCGAAGCGCUCACCGCUGGGCAAGAACCCGCUGACCCGCCCGGUGCCACCCCGCUUCGGCAAACCGGAGCCACUCCGGGUACGCUCGCCUGACCCGCCCACUGCCCCCCAGCUGGGCAAAGUCAUGUCUUACAGCAGCCAAAAACAGUCGCCUCAGGCCAGCAUCCCAGAGACAGAGGAGGUGGCCUUGCAGCCAUUACUGGCGCCAAAAGACGAGGUGCAGAUGAGAACCGCCUACAGCAAGUCCAAUGGGCAGCCCAAGAGUCUGGGCCCGGCCUCCGCCUCCCCCUCCCCCGGCCAGCCGCCUCUCAGCAGCCCAACUCGAGGAGGAGUCAAGAAGGUCUCUGGAGUGGGCGGGACCACUUAUGAGAUCUCUGUAUGAGGGGCGGAGCUCUCUCCCCACUGUCGCCUACUCCCUGGCUGAUACCAAAACGCCUGGGCCCCGGUGGGCAGGGGGCAUGCUCAGGAGCAAGGCACACCUGCUCUCUCACAUGCAUGGACAUUUUUUAGAAUCCUCCAACUGCGGGGGGAAAUAGCUGAGAGGACAGUGACCUUUUAAAAUAUGCCCCCUGGGAUUUGGGGUGAGACCCUGGGCACCCCCUAAAUCAUCACAGCUGCAACGCAGCCCCGGUCCCCCUCCUCCUCCCAACCAGCUGAGAGACUGCAAAUGUAGCACACACUGCCGAAAGAAAGGGGGGAGGACUAUCAUGGCGGCGCCCCCAGCUGGUGGGGGGAGGCGCAGCCUGCAGUUGCGCCAACUACCGAUGGGCCAGAUACUCGUGGACCUCGUGCAAUCACUCGCCUCGUGCGGUAGGAACAGAUCGUUUUUAAAACAAGGAUAAUUUUUUUUAUGAUUGUUACGGAUUCUAUUUUUUCCCCCUCUUCUGAGUUACCAGGUGUGUGUAUAUAUAAAUAUCUAUAUAUAAAUAUAAAUAUAAAAGAAAUUAUAUAUCUACCAGAGAGAGGGAAGAAUCGCCCCGCAAGGGCCCAGGCUCCACGUGCCCCGUUAGGACACUCGGCCCCAGGAAAGACAACAUGGGGAUGUGUGUGUGUAUAGAGUAUAUACAUCCAGAGGGGUGGGGGAUGGGGGGCUUUCUACCACAGGUGCCUGGUUAAUUUGAAAGGAGGCACCUGUGGAAUUGCCAGGGUGGGAGGGAUGGGAAAGUAUUUUAUAUUUAGAGACAGACUCCAGGUCCUUGCUCAUGUGAUCCCAGGCUUGACCAUUGCUCAGUGCUUCUGCGGCCUGUCCUUCCUCUAGCAGCCAUGCUACGGUCCUGAGCCUGGCCUGCCUUUUGUGUCUCAUCUCCCCCUUUCUGGCUUCUCUGGUUCCUGGGCAGAUUUCCUAUCCUGAGGAAGCAAAGCAAGGGGGAGAGCUGGAAGGCAGCCCUCCCACCCCCAUCAUGCAGUGUUUAGGCAUGACCUCCCCUUUAGCUGAGUGGGGUGGGCAAGUCCAUGUCUCCCUUGUAUGGGUGGGUUUUCUUAAGGACUCAGUUUCCCAUUUUUACAGCCUCCAGUAUUCAGAUGGGAUGUGUCAUGAAAAUGACUCCCAGCAAAGUGGGGAGAAGGGACGGGUGGGUUUCUUGUUUCCCGAUGUUACCCCUUCCACAACAAACAGAUGAACUUGCACAGCGCUAGAGACAUAUCAUUGGGGCUCAGAAGAGCAGUGGGGGGCUUGAGGGCUGUGUUCCCCCGUAUAGAGAUUUGACCUGUAUCUAAUCCCUCCCCCACAGACAGUUUUAGCCGUUCUUCUCUCUGAUGUUUUUACAUUUCUUAUUUUUGAUGGUUCCGUUAUGGUUUCUCACUGUCACACGGUUGUUUUUAUUUCCAAACUGGGGAAGAGUAAAAAAGAGGAAACCAAACCAAACCCCAAAAAGCAAUAUUUUCAUGUCAUAUGCCAAAAAAAUUGUAGACAUCCACACCAAAACCCCAUGAAAGUCAAAGCAAACCAAGCAGAAAUCCAACCUAAUCUCCAGGCACUACUUGACUCUUUCUCUAUGGCAAUAUCUCUCUUGUGGCCUCCACAGAGCCGCACUUUUAUUUUUUAUUAUGAUUAGCCAUUUUAAAACGAGGAAUAAAAAAAAAUCUAAUAAGCCA